UCAGAUUGUCGUGCUGAUGCCGAUGGUGCCGUGGGUGUUGGUGAUGUGCACGUCCUUGGCCACCCGCUGGAACGUCGAUGGUGUCUCGAGGAGGUGGGUCAUGUGCGCCCAGGCUGCGGGGUUCUGCGUAUGGCGGCGGCCAUGUGUCCGCCGGGAGAUGCUGACCUCGAGCACCAGCUUCCACUGGUUCUGGUGGAACUCGAAGCCGAGCCGCUCCU